CCAGGAGCUGCUGGAGAAGUACAGGGAGCGCGAACGGGAGUCCGCCGUCGCCAGCGGCAAGGACCGACUACUGCAAGAGCAGCGGGCGCCACACUGUGCACGCCGGGGGGAUGACCUUCAUCGCCGGGGGCGGCGGCCAAGACCAGAAGCGCAAGCGCGAGGACGAAGAGCGCGAGCAGGAGAAGAGGCCCGCGCCAGGGAGGCGAAGAAGAGCGCCCCCAGCAGGGAACACGAGGCGAAGAUGGCGGCGAUCAUGUCCAAGUACCUGGCCGCCCCUGGGCCGCGCGGGGCCCAGGGCAGGCCAGAGGACAGCCAGCCCGACCGGAUGCGGCUCGGGUGACCGGCCGAGGACGGCGCAGCCGCCGCGGGAUUACCCCUCGAGGGAGAAAGUAGAACAAGGCAGUCUCCUCCUUGCCCGCGGGGCCGGCGCGCGCCGAAAGCCGGCGCACAGGCGCUCCGCUGCCUCUGGGCUGGCCUGGGGCCCCGCGCGCGCGCCGCGGCGCUGCGCGGGGGGCGGGGCCGCCGCGCCAGCGGGCGCGGGAAAAGAGCCGGUUUAUUCGCCAUGUUGGCAGCCAGGCCGACUCGUCAUCUGUCUCAUCUUCGCGGUCGCCGGCGGCGGCGGCGCCGCCGCUGCCGGUCUGCUUGGGAGCACCGUCCUGCACAGGGGGCUGCGCGGCGAGGCAGUGGCUGCGGCGAGCGUGCUGGCCCUGGGCGCGGCCGACCCGGCGCACGCCUUCACCUACAACGGCAAGGAGUACUUCGACGUCUUCUACGGCAUCAGCCCGCUUUACUGGGCAUUGUGCGCGUUCGCCAUCGUCUUCUACGGCGCAGUGCUGAAGAACGCCGCGCUCAAGUACAACACGCCCUACGGCACCACCACCAACCCGGACGCCAAGCCGAUCGUGACCGGCAAGUUCGUGGGCAUGGAGGUGGAGACCAAUCAGGAGCAGUACAACUAUGGGGCCAAGGAGUACAUCAGCAAGUAG